GUUUUCCAAGGACACUUCCACAAGCAGAAGCCCUGGAUAGAGCAUAUCAGGUAGACACAGUGAUUAAUCUGAACGUGCCCUUUGAGGUCAUUAAGCAACGUCUCACUGCUCGCUGGAUUCAUCCGGCCAGCGGCCGGGUCUACAACAUCGAAUUCAACCCUCCCAAAGCUGUGGGGAUCGAUGACCUGACCGGGGAGCCUCUCAUUCAGCGUGAUGAUGACAAGCCAGAGACCGUUGUCAAGAGGCUGAAGGCUUAUGAAGUCCAAACACAGCCGGUCCUGGAAUAUUACCAGUGAG